GUUUUUGGAAAGCAACAAAAAAAAAAAACACAACACAAAAAUGCAUUUCUGUCCAGUCUACAUUUAUGUCAUUGUAUUAUUCAAAACGAUUUUCGCACUGGCUGGCGAUGGUCGUAAUGAAAUUACAGUGGGUGCCAUUUUCUAUGAAAAUGAAAAGGAAAUUGAACUAAGUUUCGAUCAGGCAUUUCGUGAGGUGAAUAAUUUAAAGUUUGCCGAGCUGCGGUUUGUCACCAUCAAGCGUUACAUGCCAACGAAUGAUAGUUUUUUGCUACAACAGAUUACUUGUGAACUGAUUUCCAAUGGCGUUGCGGCUAUUUUCGGACCAAGUUCAAAGGCAGCCAGUGAUAUUGUGGCGCAAAUUGCAAACACGACCGGCAUUCCACAUAUAGAAUACGAUCUGAAACUGGAGGCUACGCGUCAGGAGCAUUUAAAUCAUCAAAUGUCCGUGAAUGUCGCACCCACAUUGUCCGUGCUAUCGCGCGCCUACUUUGAGAUUAUCAAAAUGAACUAUGAAUGGCGCACGUUUACGCUCAUAUAUGAAACACCAGAGGGUCUCGCCCGCCUGCAGGAUCUGAUGAACAUUCAUGCCUUGAACAGCGACUAUGUAAAGCUUAGAAAUCUGGCAGACUAUGCUGGCGAUUAUCGUGUCUUGUGGAAAGAGGCAGACGAAACCUUUCAUGAGCAUCGUAUCAUAUUAGACUGUGAGCCGGGAACGUUGAAGGAGCUGCUGAAGAUCUCCGUGGACUUUAAGCUGCAGGGACCUUUUAGGAACUGGUUCCUCACACAUCUGGAUACUCACAGUUCUGGCCUGAAGGAUAUUUAUAAUGAAGAUUUCAAAGCAAAUAUCACAUCAGUGCGCUUGAAAAUAGUCGAUCCGAAUCCCUUUGAGCGGAAAAAGACGCGCAUUAGCAGAGUGGAUCAAAUCCUUGGAAACCAAACUAUGCUGCCCAUACUCAUCUACGAUGCUGUGGUGCUGUUUGCCAAUUCGGCCCGGAAUAUUAUAGCUGCCAUGCAGCCCUAUCAUCCACCAAAUAGACAUUGUGGCAGUCCAAAUCCUUGGAUGCUGGGACCCUUUAUAGUUAAUGAAAUGAAAACCAUAUCGGAGGACGAUGUGGAGCCACAUUUCAAAACGGAAAAUAUGAAACUUGAUGAAAAUGGACAGCGUACACAAUUCAAUUUGGAAAUAUACAAACCCACAGUGAAUGAACCCUUGAUGGUGUGGACCCCGGACAAUGGCAUAAAGCGGAGGCACAUCAGUCUGGACUUGGGUGAUUCUGGCUCCACACAGGAUUUCUCAGUGCAAAGAAAAGUCUACACGGUGGUUACACACUACGAGGAGCCAUAUUUUAUGAUGAAGGAAGACCAUGAGAACUUCAGAGGACGCGAAAAAUACGAGGGCUAUGCUGUGGAUCUGAUCAGUAAAUUGUCCGAGCUGUUGGAAUUCGAUUAUGAGUUUAUGAUUGUCAAUGGCAAUGGCAAAUAUAAUCCAGAGACCAAGCAGUGGGAUGGCAUUAUAAGAAAAUUAAUCGAUCAUCAUGCCCAAAUUGGCGUCUGUGAUCUGACCAUCACCCAACUGCGACGCUCUGUGGUGGACUUUACGGUGCCCUUUAUGCAGCUGGGCAUUAGCAUUCUGCACUACAAGAGUCCACCCGAGCCAAAGAAUCAGUUUGCCUUUCUGGAACCCUUUGCUGUGGAGGUGUGGAUCUAUAUGAUAUUUGCACAGCUGGUGAUGACGUUGGCUUUUGUUUUUAUAGCCAGACUUUCCUAUCGGGAAUGGCUGCCACCAAAUCCGGCCAUACAGGAUCCCGAUGAACUGGAGAAUAUAUGGAAUGUAAACAACUCCACGUGGCUUAUGGUGGGCUCCAUUAUGCAACAGGGCUGCGAUAUAUUACCCAGAGGUCCCCACAUGCGUAUACUUACUGGCAUGUGGUGGUUCUUUGCCUUGAUGAUGCUCAGCACUUAUACCGCCAAUUUGGCUGCCUUUUUGACCAGCAACAAAUGGCAGAGUAGCAUCAAAAAUCUACAGGGUCUCAUUGAGCAGGAUGAGGUCAAGUAUGGCAGCAUGCGUGGCGGCAGCACUUCGUUGUUCUUCUCUGAAUCGAAUGAGACUGACUAUCAGCGUGCAUGGAAUCAAAUGAAGGAUUUUAAUCCAUCGGCAUUUACCACAACCAACAAGGAGGGCGUGGCACGUGUGCGUAAGGAAAAGGGUUCCUAUGCUUUUCUGAUGGAGACCACCAGCCUGACCUAUAAUAUCGAAAGGAAUUGCGACUUAACGCAAAUUGGUGAACAAAUUGGCGAAAAACAUUAUGGCCUGGCAGUGCCAUUGGGUGCCGAUUAUCGCACUAAUUUGAGCGUUUCCAUACUCCAAUUGAGCGAAAAGGGUGAGCUGUACAAAAUGAAGAACAAAUGGUGGAAAAAUCACAACGUCACCUGCGACACCUUCCACGAGGUGGACGGCGAUGAGCUGUCGAUUAUCGAGUUGGGUGGCGUCUUUUUGGUACUCGCCGGCGGCGUACUCACUGGCGUCAUUUUGGGCAUCUUUGAGUUCCUCUGGAACCUGCAGCAUGUGGCUGUUGAGGAGCGUGUCACACCCUGGCAGGCCCUAAAGGCGGAACUCUCUUUUGCCCUCAAGUUUUGGGUGCCCAAGAAACCACUGAGAAUAUCCAGCAGCAGCGAUAAAUCCUCAUCCCGCAGAUCUUCCGGCUCCAGGCAGAAAAGUCGCAGCAAGACGGCCACUUAGAAAUA